AUGACGCCUUCCAAUCUCGUCUUCCUGGACCAAAACAGGCUGCUGACCCCUAAAGAGAAAAAUAAACUGAGAAAACCCAUGAUCGAAAAAAUGCGCCGGGACCGCAUGAACAGCAGCAUCGAGCAGCUCAAACAGCUGCUGGAAAAACAGCUGCAAAGUCAGCAGGCCGGUUCCAAGUUGGAGAAGGCCGACGUCCUUGAAACGGCCGUGGGCUACCUGAAGCAUCAGAGCCGCUGGCAGAGUACAGGGUCCGCUCCCAAGGAGAGAGAAGUGGACUUCCAAGAAGGCUACGCCAGAUGCCUUCAAGAAGUCUCCCGGUUCCUGCUCCUUCACAAAGUCCACCCCCAGACUCAGAAGAAGCUGAUGUGUCAUUUUCAACACACAACACCCCUGCCCGCCUCGUCGUCGUCUGCUCAUUGGAAGCAACCCGCUCCUCCCAAGAACCUCCCAUCUCUUUGGCGACCGUGGAUGGAGUCCAGUAGAGGAUGAAGAAGGAAGGACCCAUCUCCUUUGAUUUAUUAGCCGGCCUCCUCUUCUUUC